UUUGACCAGGAAGACCUGAGAAAACAGUUAGGGCUUGAGCAGACCGUACAGUUUGAGCAGACCAUCUGUAAUACGAUUGUUAUCACAAAGGUAUGGAUCGGCUUGAUAUUAGGUAGAACCGCGAAGGACGUAUCUCCGACGAGACCUCUGGAAGUAGAUUCAACACCAGAUUGCUUCACUUCGAGACCGAACCCAAAUCGCUUGACAGCUUUAUAUAAUGAGUCUGCAACCUUCAUUCGUCAAAUAGCCAACUCACCUAGUAAAAGAACUCGGUCGAGGGCGGUGACCAAAGCCCAUACGUUGGGCGCCCAAUAUGCGUGGUUAAGUCCCCUUGUGAAUGGAAAGAGACGUGACAGGACUUGUGGGAUUUGCCUCAU